UCUGAUUGUUAUGAAAGUUAUUUAUUUAUAAUUGGUAAACAAUUGGACUUUGUUGCUCCGAUUAAUUUAGUACAAGCUUACAACUUACAAUUUUUGAAUUUCCUGCUCAGUUGUCUUUUAAUUUAUUCUGAAUAUCCUCUUGUUAUACAAUUAUAAAAAAAUUUUUAUGAAUUUUUGGGUGAAUAAUUUUUUUUGAAAUGAGUGCUGAACUUCGCAGAGAGGUUCUUAAAACGUUCAAAAAAUUACAUCGCACACGAUUAAAUACUUUUCAAGGAGACCAGUAUGCACUAUCAUUUGUCAGAAAUAAAAUAAAUGAUGAGUAUAAAAAAAACAAAAAUGUUACUGAUGAGACUGCGAUCAACGAGCUUAAUAAAUUUGCAAACGAAGUAGAACAUGAAGUAAAAACAACAAUAAUUCAGGCUGUAGAAAAAAAACCAGGUAUUUUUGAACUAAAAGUAAGAAAAGAUCACUUAAUCGACAACGUACCGCCUCCAGGAACUCCACUUCCAAAACCAGAACGCAGAUGCUCUGACCGGAAAUCGAAGACUUAAAUUAAGAGAGUGUUUAGAUACGUAAAAAAUACUCACGCGUGCUCAGGGUGGUUGCGAAUUUGGUCAAUCAAGUCAGUGGGUUUGAGCUCCCGCGUGCAAAUGCGAUGCACGGCUGUGAAAAGAGGA